CAUUUUAAACAUCAUUACUGUAUCAUAGAAAAUCCGUAAUAAUCGACUGUGAUCCAGCCAAAAAUUUAGCAGUCAGUUUUGUGAUUGGUGUGAUUCAGAGUGUUGAUACGUAUAUUUUGUAGGCUGCGACAUUAGUUGUUGAUGCAACUAUCAUAUGCAUCCCAAAAAAAGUUACCACAGGAAAGUGAGGGCAAGGCGAGCGAUCGAUCACUUUAUGAAAUGCUUAUUUUUUCAUUUUUCUCUUUGCUUCUCUUCUUUUUCUUUCUUUUUUUUUUCGGGCUCUUUUCUCUGCACCAUUUUUGCUUUUGUGGCUUUCUGUAUACGUUUGACAGAAUCGCCUCACCAUGCUGAGAUUGCUGGUCAUUGCCCUCAUUGUCGUCUUACUUGUCUUCUCAGUGCUAGGCACUACUUUACAACCGCAGCAGUCUAUUACAACAAAUGCCUUUAUAAAUCUAUUCACGUCUCGCCACCAUAAAACUUGUGCUAAUAUAGAGCAGCAUCAGGAUCAAUGCGCCUUUGUAAAGUCUGCAUGUCGUGGAUUUAGCGGCGUUUACCUCAGGUUUUACUAUUGCUCAGAGUUAUGGCGCCCCAUUUCUGCCACACUACUGUGUUCUGGCUUGUUGGUUCUAUUCGGUGCAGUGAGCGUCGUCGCUUCCGAUUUUUUUUGUCCGAAUUUGCAAACGAUAUCAUCCAAACUUCAAUUAUCGGAAAGCAUGGCGGGCGUAACCAUUCUCGCAUUUGGUAACGGUAGUCCUGAUUUAUUUAGCACUUUCAGUGCGAUGAACACAGGGGCUGGCUCGAUGGCGAUUGGCGAACUGAUUGGGGCCGCGUUUUUCAUCGUGUCUGUGGUAUCCGGUUGCAUGGGCAUCAUUCGUCCUUUCAAAUCCAAACGGAUCACAUUCAUGCGCGAUGCAUCCUUUUUGACUGGUGCGAUCAUGUUGUUGACCUGGAUUGUCUAUCAUCAACGCAUCUACUGGUACCAUGGCGUUGCCUUGAUUUUAUACUACCUAGCCUACGUGUUCGCCGUCGUCUUUGGUGCUUACCGAUCUGCCGAUACCGAGAUACAUCCCCAAUUAGAACCCAAGUCGGUUGCCUCCAUGCACAGCACAAACGAAGAUUUGGUUUCCGAAACAUCACGCCUUUUAGCCUCCCAAGGCAAACAAGGUCCAAAACCUCCUCGGCUAGCCAUUCCCGACCAUGGCUUCCUCAACGAUCCUUGUUCAUUCAACAGCGAACAACAUAUGGGUCAUAUCAUUCGUCCCGUGUCACUGAAAUCGGCUUCCUAUCGGUCUUCCCUGCACUUGGACUCUAUGUUGAAUUUACCACGUACAACUAGCACCAAUGGCUCCAUUUCAUCCCGUCUUUACCGCAGUCCUAUCUCUCCGCGUGUCGGUAUUCGAGCCUCCUUAUUUAGCGCGAUUGAGUUUCAAGAACAGGUGACAGCUAUUCGGCGCAAUAACAGUUCUUCGCAUAUGAUCGAUGCCGGCACUCGCAACGAUACCUCGUUACCUCCUCACACGUGGUAUCGUACUUCGCAGAAUUCCGUAUGCGGCAUGUGGUCCGCACGGCCAAAAAAUCGUCCUCGAUCUUCUACCGUGGCUGAUUCCCUUUUGCCCAUCGUUGCUGGCAACCAUCGACGGGCUACCACUCCCGACAGCACACACAGCAGUACCGGUGUAGCCGAAGAUUAUUUUACCUACAUUUCCACCAAUCAACGUUCCCGACCAGCAGACAUCCAUCACCGGCCUGUAGUAAGCGAUCACAAUGAUAUUGCCAUCCCCGAAAUACGACUAGCACCUCCCGGCAUCGACCAUACCCCUUCCUCUGCUGCGCCUGCGUCUUCAUCACAAGAUCCUGUCAGUGAAUGCAGUACAUCCAUCUCUGAAUUACCAAAAGAUGCAGCUCCACACUCGUCCUCUUCAGGCUUAGCGGCACCUGUUAGUCCACACAGCUCGCAUAGUUUGGAAUCAUCGCAUGCAUUAUCUGCACGGCAAAGUCCUUACGCAAGUCCGCACCCAACAACUUAUGACCAACCUCCCUGUCUUCCCUUACCAGCCUCCCAUCAUGAACCGAUCAAUAUCAAGAUUCAGUACAAUGACGACCGUGACCACGACGACAAUAAUGAAGAUGAGGAGGAUGUUCUGGAUGCCGCCAAAUUGCUUCACGACAAGUCCAAAGACGAUGCAUGGGUAGCCUUCCGAAUCACACUGGAUAGUAUAUGGCAGACUUUGCUUCCCACAUUGCAGGGCUGGAGUCAUAAAUCGACUUUUGCCCGCCUCAGUUCGAUCGUGGCCAUGCCGCUUGUGUUCAUCUUUACAUUGACAUUACCGGUGGCCGAAGCGGACGUUUUGAAAGUCGAUGCUAUGGAAGUGAUUCACGAUGAUUUUGUUCCCGAAACCAGUGCAGCUAUGGAUAUGUCCAGCAAGGGCUACUUAUCUGUUCCUGGAUCCGAUCCUGGUGCCGAUUACCGGGAAGAUAAUGGCUCAGAAUUUGUUAUUGAAGAAGAAAUUGCCGAAUUAUCGCAACCGUGGUGUCGAUGGCUGUUAGCUACGCAGGCCAUGUGUGCAACAAUAUUUGUAUUUAUUGUCAUGACAGUGAACGGAUACAUCUCGGCUCUUUGUAUUUUAUAUGGUGUGGUGAUUGGUGCCAUUGGUGCGGUCGUGGUACUGAAGAAGACUCAAGCGGACGAACCUCCAGAGUGGUACUGGAUGCUGUCGUUUGGAGGGUUCGUUGUCGCUUUGAUUUGGAUCUUUCUGUUAGCCAAUGAAAUGGUUGGCCUUUUGCAGGCCCUGGGUACCAUUUUUAAUAUCAGUGAUGCCAUCAUGGGGCUCACUAUUUUUGCAGUGGGAAACAGCGUCGGAGAUCUUGUCUCUAAUACGGCGAUUGCCAAGAUGGGAUUUCCUACGAUGGCUAUUUCAGCUUGCUAUGCAGGACCGUUGCUUAACAUGGUUCUAGGUGUUGGCAUUUCAUCCACUUACCAAACUUGGCUGACGGGCAAACCUUACGAACUAGAAAUUGCGCCCACUAUUUUAAUCUCCUCGACUGGUCUCAUCGUUGUGUUAUUAAGCACAUUGAUUGUCGUCAACAUGAAUGGGUAUCAUAUAACCGAAGGACUCGGCUGGUGGAUGAUCAUUAUUUAUUCUUCUUGUUGCUUUAUCAAUGUUUUAUUGGAGUUCCAUGUCUUAAAGUAAAGAACCGAUAAUAUAUAUUCUUAUUUAACCGUCCUACAGUAUUCAUGCCUUACUUUUCUUUGAGCAGGCCGGGGAGAGGGGAAAGGUCGGUGAGGUGCGCAGGGAAAUAAGAAAGAGUAAAAAGGGAAGAA